CGGUAUGGCCGAGACAUUGAAACCACUGCCCAUAAUUCCAUGGCACGACUUCGCCUCAAAGCCGCAUACAUGCAUACCUAGGCACUUACAGAGAAGCUUGUACGUUUGUACAGCACACGAAUGUACCUCUCCAGGUGUCAGCUGUCCCUGGGCCUGCAGCCGCUGCCGCUCGCUGCCUUGCUUUUAGCACCAACGAACAAGAGUGACAUGAUGCCUGAAUCCAUCAGCUAUGCUUCGAAUCCCGUGUUUGGGAACCCCAAUAUUAUCAAGAUGGCAUAAUGGAUCGCUGCCUAUCAUGUCUCUAAGCAGGUCUGUUGCCGUCACAUUGCAUGACUCUCAUCCGCUGCACGCGUCUAAAUACGGCUGUAUUUGAUCUAUCUCACCUCGGUAUAUUCUGAUACUACACCACAACACAGUAUCUCAGAAAUCUCAUUCCAUUAUCAAUGUGCAACUGUCCAUGUAGGGUGAUGUGAUUACCCCACGAAAGCUGGCCGUGCAGCGGGCGCAACAUUGCCCAAAGCUCUUUUUUUUAGGGAGCCAUGUCUAAACUUGACUUCUCUAUCACGCUUGUCAGUGGCUCAGAAAUGGCACCAUUGACUGGACUCGUGAUUCACUGCGUGACCUCCUCCUUGCUGGUAGGCAUGCUUUUGCUUUGCAUUGCAUUGCAUCGUCCUGCCUAGAUAUUUGCCUCGCAUUAUGAGUGACGCAGUCCAUGUCACGCUGUCAACUUCCGACUAGAGGGCACCAUGACGAAGUUGACAAGUUGAAUGCGACACCAGAUGCCGACCAAUGUGCCAUACCGAGGCGGCCCAUGAUCGAACUGAGUCGGUAGCGUAGCUAGGCCUACAUACAGACAGCACGCCCUCGAAAAUGGAUGCUGCUUCAUUAAUGCCUAUCAGCAAAGAGGGGCAGCUGUCCUGUUGUUUGUGGGACGGAACGCCAAGUGGGCUACGAGAUAAAGGGUUCCGGGGUACGGAGUAGAGGCUUACACCUCAUCAUAUCGUAAUACGAUUCAAGAGAGGCACGUCUGAUAACUACUGCUUGUGGUAGUAUCUUUGGUUGCGAGCCAGAACUACCUACCAUCUGGCGAGUAUAUGAUCGGAUACCUGAAAACACCGUGUUCGGGUAAAUAUAUUUCCUAUUGUUCUGUGCCGCUGAUCGACCUAAGAACUUCCAGUCCUGUCAUCCGCUUGAGAAUGUCACUCCUGAAGUGUCGAGAGAAAGCGGAGGGGGGUUCAUGCAUGACAUCGCCUAUUUCGGAGAGCCAGCCAGCCACGUCCCGAUAUUGCCUAGCACCACCAAUAACCACAACUGACGACUUACCAAACCCAGUUCCUCUUACACGAACAUAUUCUCUUCGUUCGGUAGCAACAAGGAGCUGAUUGCAUCUUUUCCUCGAGUCCCCAUCAAGGACAUGUAAAGAGGACCUCGUCCAGGGAUGCGGCUAGGAUCGGGUAUCGUCAUUUCAGACAAUUCAGUUCAUCCCAAUUACGACCUAGCCAAAAGUCUAAUCAUCGCUUAACCCCAACAACAACCAGGUUUCUUGGGCUUUGUUCAUAGUCAAACACCGUCUCGACCCACGCGUGACGGACGAGAUCGUCGUGUUCUUUCAGAAAUGUCCACCGGUCUGAUACAAUAAGGGAUUCGACUGCCAUCGCACUGAAUGCCAUGAGGCUCCAGACAGCACAUAGCUCCUUUUUCCGAGGCAGAUACAAUGCCUCGUAUCUCUGGAUCUCCUCGUCUGAGAUGUCGCCCAUUUUCUCCUGUAUCACGUCUGCAUACUGUUUGUACUCGUUGUUUGUCGUGAGUUUCUCCACCGCACCGCGGACAUAGGACUUGAACGACCCGUAGCAACUUUUCCUGAGUGAUCCAAUGAUGACUGGAUUGGUGCUGAUGUCGAAGGGGCUCUCACUAUCAUCCUGGGUUGAGGCUGCAGUAUCCGCCUGUGAUUCUUCUUGGCUACCUGUAUGCCGCACUUUCUUCACCACGCCUCGAUCAAGGAACAUCUUUUGCAAGACUGCUCGGUAGAAAUGUCGAGAGAAGAAGCCAGCACUCUCCUUCUCGGUCCAGUUCUGCGGUGCUUGGCAAGCCAUCAUGCGGGCUGUGAUAUUCAAUCGCACCCCAUCUCCCUGAUACGCAGAAAACUUCUGGCUCAUCGGGAAUCCCUGAGGGUCAUGCUUUUCUGAUUCCCGAACGAGCCGACCAUUGACAGCUUGGAGAGUUGGCCUCAAGAAGGCGUGCUUGUAUGUUGGAGGACCGAGUUUCUCGGUCAUCAGGUUGUAACAGCACCCAACGAUGGCCACAGCUCGAAUGUCCGGGUUGAGAACCAGAGACCUAAUUCCAAAGUGUGACAGAUUUCCGCAAGAAUGGAUUGACAUAGCCAUCAGGCUUAGGUCCUUCUUCUCGUCUUCGGUUUGACUCCCAGGGUUGAUUUGGGCGAUAACGUCGGCCAGGUCGCCAGUUUCUAGUCGGCCUGAUAUGUACUGAACAGACCCCUUACCUUUUUCCACAGUAUAUUCAGCUUCGAGUUCUUUGACGGGUCUAAACUCAAAAGCUUCAUCUCCUGCAACCUCGCGAAUAGCCUUGGCCAAGGCUUCUGGGUCCUCUUGACCAUCAGGCCCCCGCGCUUCUAAAAUCUUCGUCCAUAGCUUCUUAUUCCUCAUGACCUUGGGCUUAACGGCUAAUCCAGAAGUCACAUCUAGACCUCUCGCUGCCGUGACGUUGUUCUCUCGUCCCUCGACAGCUACAACAUGCCUAUUAUAAGGCUCACUUGCCAUGGCCCUUCCCAGAUAGUUUUGGCCGCUACCGAAGUCCACGUAGUGGGAUAUCUCGUAGCCGCACUGCGAACUUAUGUCUUCUGAUAGUCGGGCUAAGUAGUCCGCGAAGUUGGUGACUUCAUGGGUCUUUUUGACGUUCAUGCCCACAGCCACCGACCGUGGCAGAACCGGCAGUUUCUCUGAAGGGGGCGUAAAUGAUCGGCCGAGAGAAAGAUUACGGACUGUUUGAAUGUAAUCUAUAAGGCUCGCUGGUGGCUGCUCUCCUUCCAGCUUUAGAUUGUCUAAAUCAUCCCGCAUGAGAAGGUCAAGAAACUGCAUGAGACUUCUUGAGAGAAUGAAUGCGUGCCACUCUGUGGGAAUGGCAUAGUGAAAGAGGCCAGGUUCGAUAGUGAAAAAGUCGAGGAUAUGGACGCCGCCGCAGAGAAUCUGAAAAGUCUCAGAUGUUCGCACAAAUUUCAGAAGCUCAUCGAUAUAUUCCUCUGGCGAUGAGAAGUUGCCAUUGAAUGGCAGGGGUUUUUCUGGUAUCAUAUUCAACGUUUGUGUGGGCUACCCUGUAGAGUUAUCAGUGUGAUGGCGUGCGACAUGAAGAGUGAUCAACACGUACAAAGCUCAAUAUAUCUGCCGCUGCUAUCCGAAUGUUGCCUUUAUAUGAAUAUUGGCACUGAAAAGCUCGCUACUGGACAACGGUAGCAAGUCCCGUCAACCCAAGACUAAAAGUGCUGUUGUGUAUGGAUAUGACGAAAUUGUCAACAGGCUUGAGGAAAUAUCUGAACUUGACCGAACUUGAGCCUUUCUGAUACGAACAAGGAGGUGAUGAGAUAACUUAGUGCUUUCAAAACAUGAAUUCGAAAGCAGCUUUGCGGAGUUCUCAACCGCAACCAUCUUUCUUUAUUCAGUGUGUGGGUCGAAUUUGUAGGUGAGUCCUCGGUGAACCAAGAAAAUACGUACCGCUAGCCUCUCACCGAGGACUUCCGGGUUAAGCUCACCUACAGGGUCCAUGCAACGUCAUCCCUCGGAACCUUCGUUGUCGCAGCCUCCCGAACACCGUGAAACACCUGGUCUAAUAACUACUCACUAAUCCACUCCCUUUUCCACCAAGUCGCGCAGAACCCUCGCGCAUUGUGUUUACUGCAUAUGGUCACUUCGGCGCUGUCAGGAUGAUGUCCUCUACCAACGACGAGGAUCCUUUCCUCCAGGUCCAACAAGAUGUUCUCAACCAGAUGGCGAAUGCCCGGCCUCUAUUCGCAUCAUAUCUCCGGAUCCGCUCGCUUUCCACGGAUGCCAAUUCUCCUGAACUCGCAUCAGCUCGCUCCGAUCUCGAGUCUGCCUUGUCUUCCCUUGCCGACGACUUAGCAGAUCUGGUUGCAUCUGUUCGAGCUGUUGAAUCCGAACCAUCGCAAUUCGGGGUAUCACCACAUGAAGUCACGCGACGAAAACGACUCGUGCAAGAGGUUGGCGGCGAGAUCGAUGAUAUGCACGAUGAGCUCGCGAAAAAAGUGGACACAGGCGAUUUACCUGACCCGAAUGCGUUUGCCAUUGAUGGUGAUGCCGAGGAUAACUACGCCGAGUUCGAGCAACAGCAGCAGAUGGAAAUGAUGCACGAGCAGGAUCAGCACCUAGACGGCGUGUUUCAAACAGUGGGUAACUUACGUCGCCAGGCGGAUGAUAUGGGCAGAGAGCUCGAGGAGCAGCGUGAGAUGUUGGAGGAGGUAGAUACUGUGGCUGAUCGCGUUGGUGGCCGGUUGGCAACAGGCGUUCAGAAACUUCAGUAUGUGAUGCGGCAGAACGAAGACCGAUACAGCAGUUGCUGUAUAGCGGUUCUGAUAUUCGUCCUCAUCCUCCUAUUGGUUCUCCUCCUAAUCCUGUGAUGCUUGCAUCCAGACCAAAAGACAAAUGUACAGCUCUGUUGUAAAGAGCAUUAAUGACGCUAUAAUAUCUGGGAAUUUGGAGUUUAGGCUGGGAUCACUUUAAUGACUACCAAUAUAGGGUUCGGAUAUUUCUUUCUUUUUGUCUUAAACCUGUAUACUACAAACAAGGAUAGAGCAGCAGCGGCCAUUCUGUACCUCAAUGGCACCUUAUAAUUUAACAAGUAUAUCAAACAUUUAACACACCGCC